AUGCUUUCUCACGCCGACCUCCUGGAUGCUCGCCUGGGUGAGUUGUCCUCACCCAACUCGGCGCUUCAACUCUGCUGGAUGAAAGAUGCGGCCGAGCUCCUGGGCCACCGCGAGGCUUUAAAGUGCAGGUUGUCCGGAAGCGGAGAGGACCCGGGACACUCCACUGAGCUGGGCCCGGGCGCCCUGGGCCCGGGCUCGGGCCCGGACGGCGUAAACGGCGCCACCAUACUCCCCGCCGACGACAUCACCUCCUCCGGGCCGGCAGGAGGAGUCGGGGGAGGGCCAAACCCGGUGCAGGUGAUCAAGGAGCAGGAUAAGCAGCAGAAUGGCGGCAACGGAGGUCAGCAGCAACAACCGAAUCAGAACCAGCAGCAGCAGCAGGCCCAGAAGCAGAAGCGGCACCGGACCCGCUUCACGCCGGCGCAGCUGAACGAGCUGGAGAGGAGUUUCGCCAAGACGCACUACCCGGACAUCUUCAUGCGGGAAGAGCUUGCCCUUAGGAUCGGCCUGACCGAGUCCAGAGUGCAGGUGUGGUUCCAGAACCGCCGGGCCAAGUGGAAAAAGCGCAAGAAGAGCACCAACGUGUUCCGGGCCCCGGGCACGCUGCUGCACAGUCAUCACGGCCUGCAGCAGUUCACCUCGGCGGCGGCGGCGGCGGCGGCAGCGGCUGCAGCGGCGGCCAUGGGCGACGGCCUGUGCUCCUUCCACGCCAACGACGGGCGCUGGGGCCCCGCCAAUAUGUCCCAGCUGCAGCUGCCUCCGGCCUUGGGGGGCCGCCAGCCGCCUAUGGCUCAAUCCCUGGGCCACUCUCAGUGCGGCGGCCUCCAGCCGCCGCCGCCUCCGCCGCCCACCUCCAUGGGGCUGUCCAACAUGUCGGGCGGUGGCGGCGGGCUGCAGUCUCACCUGUACCAGUCCCCCUUCGCCGGCAACGUGAGCGUCUCGCCGCAGCUGUGCGCGUCUCCGCCAGACAGUGACAUGUGGCGGGGCACGAGCAUCGCCUCGCUCCGCCGGAAGGCUCUGGAGCACACAGUGUCCAUGAGCUUCACCUGA